AUGCCUGUCGACCUUGCGCUCCCGAGCGUGAAAACGCUGGUCGAAUGCGCCGACUACAGCAAGACGUUCGAGCCCUUCCUCCCACAACUCUACUCUCUAGGAACCGAUCUCUACGCGAGAAUACAAGACACCGAAGCUCUCAAGCACCUCUACAUGUCCACGAACCCAGCGAUUUCCGGUCUGGCCUUCGCAAUCGCGACGUUCCCCAUCUUCUUGGUCGUGUCGGAGAUCAACAAGAACUACAGCCAGGUGGACAGGGUGUGGAGUAUUUUCCCUACUCUGUUCAAUAUUCAUUACGCGCUGUGGGCGAGGCUCAAUGGCUUGCCUACGACGAGAUUGGAUAAUGUGCUGGCGUUUAGUGUGUUGUGGUCGAUUCGCUUGACCUUCAACUACUGGCGCAAGGGAGGAUAUGAGAUUGGCAGUGAGGACUAUCGUUGGGAGCUCAUCAAGAAGUACAUUGGCCAACCGGCGUUCUUCUUGUUGAAUGUCGUGUUUAUAGCCUCGAUUCAGCCGAUCCUCCUCUGGGCUGUCACCCUCCCAACCUACGUCCUACUCCUCACCUCUCGAAUCAAACCCGAAAUGGGCGGCUCCGAUUUGAUCUUCAGCCGAUUGUUGAUCGCAAUGGUCGUCUUUGAAUACUUCGCAGACGGACAAAUGUGGAACUUCCAGCAAGCCAAGAAAGAGUACCAGAAGACAGCAAAGGUGCCAGCAGGCUGGACACGCGCUCAGAUGGACCGUGGCUUCGUCACGACCGGACUGUGGAAGUACAGUCGCCAUCCAAAUUUCGCCGCCGAGCAGUCCAUCUGGAUCUUGCUGUACCUCUGGGGCUCCUUCGAGUCUUACAAGUACUGGAACUGGACGGUCGCUGGUACGAUUGCCUAUUCGCUCGUGUUCCAGGGCAGCACUCCCAUCACCGAAUGGAUCAGCGGAGGGAAGUACCCAGAGUAUCAGGUCUACCAACAGCGAGUGGGAAUGUUUGUGCCGAAGCUGUUUGGCAAUCGUUGGAAUGAGCAAGAAAUGGAGAGGCUGGGAUCGCAGGCGAAGAAGGAGAAAGAGAAGAAGAGGGGUUGA